GUGUGUGUGCAGACUCUCAUACAUGCUCAGAUGACCGUCUAAUCCCUGCACUGUGACUCUCACAUGAUGAGGAAAUCCCACGCCUCCCAGAAGCUUGAGGCUAAACACAGCAUGGUUACUCCACCUAAGCUCACAUGCUCUCCUGCACUAUAUUGUGAGUGCUCACCCGAUGUUUCGUUUUAGCUUGUUUUAUUCUGCCCAGUGAACAACACAGGGAGGAUCAAGUCCCAGUGGUUGACAACAUGAGGAGAUAUAUGGUAAUAAAAAGAAUUCCUUGGCCAUGGUUGAGGAGAGACACUACACAAAAUGAGUCCAGUCCACUCAUACCAAAGGAAGGAUCUGCAAAAGAGGAUGCUGAGGAGCUCGAUCAUGUCACCACUGACCUUCAAGCAGAGGCAAACAAUGGACAGGACCAAAGCAAUCCUGCAUUUACAAGGAUGCAACCCCGCUAUAAAUAUUCCUUAAUGGACUAUUUUCUAAAAUAUUUCCUGUUCCUGUGCAAUUUGUUGUUCACAGUCCUUGGGUUGGUAGUUCUUGGCCUGGGGAUGUGGGGCCUCAUCAGCAAAGAAUCAUUUGAGCAGGAGAAUAUCAGCAGCAUCGGCACUGACCCAAUGCUGAUACUUGUGACUCUGGGCCUUCUUCUCACUAUGCUCUGCCUGUCAGGGUGCGUCGGUGCCUUAAGAGAGAACUGCUGCUUACUGAAGCUGUUCUCAGCCGCAGUGCUGGUGCUCAUUACAAUUCAGGUGCUGUUUGCCAUUUUGGCAUAUAGCAUGCAAGAUCAGAUUGGAGGCUACCUGCGGUCAGGGAUGUUAGCUGCCAUGGCUGGCUACCAAGAUGAUCUGGAUCUGAGGUUCAUCACAGAUGAGAUUCAGUCAAAUCUGCAGUGCUGCGGGGCAGAUAACUACCGCGACUGGGAGAUCAACAUAUAUUACAACUGCUCAGCUCCAGGAGUGUUGGCCUGUGGCGUCCCUGCAACAUGCUGCGUGGACCCUUUGGAGAAUGGAACAGUUUGGAACUCUCAGUGUGGUGUCGGAGCCCAGCUGUUAGAUGAGUUUACUGCUCAGAGUGUGAUCUUCCUGGGAGGUUGUCUGGGGGGAAUCUCUCGCUGGAUCGAGCAGCAUGAGGGCCUGAUCGGGACUGUUGCAGUGGUUGUAAUUGGAGUCCAGAUUAUGACUCUGUUUAUCACUACACGACUACUGGAAAGCAUCCAAUGGCAAAAGGUUUACAUAUAAU